AUGUUGGACAUUAACGCAUUUCUUGUCGAAAAGGGCGGAGAGCCCGACAAAAUCAAGGCCUCGCAAAAGAAAAGAGGCGACUCUGUUGAGCUCGUCGAUGAAAUUAUUGCCGAGUACAAGAAAUGGACCACCAUCAGAUUUGACUUGGAUGCCGUGAACAAGAAGUUGAAUGCUCUACAGAAGCAGAUUGGUCAGAAGUUCAAGGCCAAGGAGGAUGCUAGCGAGUUGUUGGCUGAGAAGGACAAGUUGACUGCUGAGAAGAAGGAGCUCACCGAGACUGAGCAGAAGGCUGACGCUGACUUGAGAUUCAAGGUUAACCAGGUUGGAAACAUUGUUCACGAGAGUGUUGUGGACUCUCAAGAUGAAGACAACAACGAGCUUGUUAGAACUUGGAAGCCCGAGAACUACGCGGAGGUCGGUCAAGUUGCUGCUGCUACCGGUGCUCCUGCUGCUUUGUCUCACCACGAGAUUCUCUUGAGAUUGGAUGGUUACGACCCAGAGAGAGGUGUGAGAAUUGUGGGCCACCGUGGUUACUUCUUGAGAAAGUGGGGUGUUUUCUUGAACCAGGCUUUGAUUAACUACGGUUUGGAAUUCUUGUUCGGUAAGGGCUACCUCCCAUUGCAGGCUCCUGUAAUGAUGAACAAGGAAGUCAUGGCUAAAACCGCUCAAUUGUCGCAGUUCGACGAGGAGUUGUACAAAGUUCUCGAUGGUGAUGACGAAAAGUACUUGAUUGCCACCUCUGAGCAGCCUAUUUCCGCUUACCACGCUGGAGAAUGGUUUGAGAGCCCUGCCGAGCAGUUGCCAGUCAGAUAUGCGGGUUACUCGUCGUGUUUCAGAAGAGAGGCCGGAUCUCACGGUAAGGAUGCUUGGGGUAUUUUCAGAGUGCAUGCUUUCGAGAAGAUUGAACAGUUUGUGUUGACUGAGCCUGAGAAGUCUUGGGAGGAGUUCGACAGAAUGAUCGAGAACUCUGAGGAAUUCUACAAGUCGCUCGGCUUGCCUUACAGAGUGGUGGGUAUUGUUUCUGGAGAAUUGAACAACGCUGCCGCCAAGAAGUUCGACUUGGAGGCCUGGUUCCCAUUCCAGAAGGAGUACAAGGAGUUGGUUUCUUGUUCCAACUGUACUGACUACCAGUCUAGAAACUUGGAGAUCAGAUGUGGUAUCAAGCAGCAAAACCAGAGUGAGAAGAAGUACGUGCACUGCUUGAACUCCACCUUGUCUGCUACUGAGAGAGCUUUGUGUUGUAUUUUGGAGAACUACCAGAAGGAGGACGGUAUUAUUGUGCCAGAGGUUUUGAGAAAGUACAUUCCUGGAGCCCCUGAGUUCCUUCCAUUUGUGAAGGAGUUGCCAAAGAACUCCACUUCUUCCAAGAAAAAGAACUAG